UCGUCGUGUCCAUUGAAAUGAACAAGGGCAGAGGCAGGCUGUGUGCUGAAGGGGCUCUGUCGCUGUUGCAGAUGCGCGUGCUCCUGCUGCUGCUGCUGGCGUGGGGUCCAGCGCACGCCGUUCACCCGGGGUGCGAGUGCCUGCUGUUCACGGGCACGUUCGGCAAGCAGUACGGCACCUUCUCCAGCCCCGACUACCCGCGCCCCUACCCGGACGGCGUGGGCUGCCUGCUCUACACCUUCCUGGCCGCUGCCGGCGAGAUCCUGUUCCUGCACCUGGAGCGCGCCGACGUGAACGAGUUCACGCCCUGGUCGGCGCUGCUGUGCGGCGGGCUGGCCGACGUGCCGCGCCGCCUCUACAGCUCGGGCCCCGGCCUCGUGCUCGAGUUCCACUCCGACCGGCGCCCCGGCAACGCCUCGGGCUUCCUCGGCCGCUUCCGCUUCAUCGACAGGCGGCUGUUCCAGACGGACGGGCAGCGGCUGCCGGGCACAGUGUGCGACCACCAGUUCGUGAGCGCGGAGCACGCGCCCCGCCACGGCCGCUUCUACUCCCCGCGCUUCCCCGCCAGCUACCCGCCCAGCGUGCGCUGCGCCUACCGCUUCCGGGGCAGG